AUGGAACAAGAAGAAUUUGAUUACAAAGCCAAAUUGGUAUUAGAUAUAUGUUCCAUUUCCAACCAUUCAAUUCGUUGUGUUCAUACAUUUUUCUCAAGUGCACCUUUCGUUGAUUGGUAUUGCAUUCUUGGUGUUGAAGAAAAUGCUGGGCUAAAUACCAUUCGUAAGAAAUAUCAUAAACUUGCCUUGCAACUUCAUCCAGAUAAGAAUAAACACCCUAAAGCUGAAAUUGCAUUCAAACUUGUCUCUCAGGCAUAUACAAUACUAUCUGAUGCUGCAAAAAGAAAAACUUUCAACUUAGAAAGAAACAGAAGCUUCUGCAUUGAGUGCAAUAGAAUCCCCUAUAAACCCAACAUUCUCCCUACCAAUUCCAAUGCUUCAAGUUUCAAGCCAUGCAACAUUACCAACAAAUCAAUAUCUAGUAAAGUUAGAAGAAAUAUUUUGGACAUGAGAGAAAGAUUGAAGCAAGAGGCUAAGGUGAUAGAGAAUUGUCUGAGGACAAAGUCAGUGUCUAAAAAAGAAAGUCCUGUUUUUAAUCCAUCAAACUACAUAUACCAAACUAACCCUCAUCCUAGGAGCAAUGUUUACAAAAAUUCCAAGACAUUUUGGUACUUACAGAAAGAAAAUGCAGUGCGCCGCGACAAGGGAGACGCGAAAGAUAAGUAUAGUUCACCUAUUUUUGAGGUCAAGUAG